AUGGAAUCAAAACGUACAUCAAGCUACUUAUCAACUUUACUCUACCAAUAUGAACUUCAAACUGCUCUUUACAUGUUAGAACCUUGGGAAAAGGCUUUAUUUAACACCAUUCUUUUGAGCAUUAUUUUACUUUCCUUUGUUACAAUGUAUCAAUAUACACCUGUCCUCUUCAAGUUCAUUCACAAUUAA